UUUGACCCUGCAUUUGACGAAGACGGAUCGUCUUGAAGUGGUUCUGUAUACUUCAUUGUUUGUUGACUUGUUUUGGACUGCGUUUCAUAUCGAAUGCCCGGGAUUCCGGAGUUCCAGAUGACUCAGAACAUGUUCCAGGAGGGACUUCAUCAGGUGUUUCUUAAGGAACGCCCAUUGUCUAGCAUAGUCUCAGAUGCUGUUGCUGCUGACUCCACAACUGAGGAUAGACUGGUCCGUUGGUUUGGGACAGUGGUCAACACCCGAAUCCUUCUGUCUGGGGUUUUUCAGAUUUUCAGUUCUGUCUUCUGUAUUCUCUCCACCUUCUCGUAUACUUGUUUGACUUUCAGCUGUUCUGCAUCUUUGACAGCUCCAGUAUGGUGUGGUCUGUUUUUUAUAGCAACCGGGUCACUUGCAAUUGACGUCCAGCGGAAACCCAAAAAAUUCAAAGUCAUGAUUCUACUGGGCCUGAACAUCUUCGGCUUGCUGUUUGCAGUUUGUUCUUUUUUCCCCUUCUUUUUGAAAUCCUCACAACUUGACAAAGCCACCCCUCAGCAGCGCAUUGGUGUUAAUGUGCUGAAGGGCAGUGGUGUAAUGUCCAUCAUCCAGUGCAUGUUUGCAGCCAUGUACAGCCUUUUUCUUAUUUGGAGAGGUAUACAGUCCUACAGCGCCUCCAACAAAAAGGACUACAUCAGUGUAAUGCAGAACAUAGAAGAACCUACAGAUCCACUGCUGGAAAAUGAACAUUUCAGCAUUUGAAUUGUCAGUGCGUGAAAUCAGGACACUUAUGCAAGCAAAUUUAUGGCUUAUUGUAUUUUGUCAAGAGAAUAAAUAAAAUAAAAAUUGCAUUUGCAACCCAGUUUACUAUUACAGAUAACAGUGAUAUUGAAAAAACUGAAUAUAUAUAUACUGCAUACUUCCAAUUGUCCAGUAUAAUGUACUGUAUAUGUUCUAUUUAAUGUAUAAUUCAUUACAUAAUAUGCAUGUCAUUUGUGAGGAUCAGAUGGAACUCAUCAUUGAUUUUGUAUAUGUAUAUAUUUAAGUGCAAUUAUAUUAAAUUGUGUCUUAAUUAA